GUUCUGCCCAGUGCGAGCGGCGAGUAGGAUGCGACCUCGUCGUAUCAUGUGCUGAAGAUCGAUCUGUUGUGAGCUGUGUUUACUGUUAGCAGCGAUGAAGGCUGGAGUGAGGAUGACGCAGGUUCUGGACAGAGCUGCAGCUACCUGCCUCCUAACGCUGUGUCUCGGCUGUUUACAUGUAGUCGCCCUCAAACCACAACUUCUCAGCAGGCUCGGUGGCUCACCUUACUCCGCUGAGACCGCCAUCAGCUAUGAAACAUUUUAUUUUGACCAGAAGAUCGAUCAUUUUGGUUUCCUAGAGGAUGGCACCUUCAAACAGAGAUACCUUGUGGCUGACCAACACUGGCAGCAGCCUGGAGGACCUAUUUUGUUCUACACUGGCAACGAAGGCGACAUCACCUGGUUCUGCAACAAUACUGGCUUCAUGUGGGAUAUUGCGGAGGAGUUGGGCGCCAUGCUGGUUUUUGCAGAACAUCGUUACUAUGGAGAGUCUCUGCCAUUUGGACAAGACUCUUACAGUGACAGCAAACACCUGAACUACCUGAGCUCAGAGCAGGCCCUGGCAGAUUUUGCAGUGCUGAUUCAGAACCUGAAGAGUUCUUCACCUGGAGCUCGGCAGAGCCCUGUCAUCGCUGUCGGAGGUUCCUAUGGAGGGAUGCUCGCCGCCUGGUUCAGGAUGAAAUACCCCAAUAUAGUUGUUGGAGCCCUGGCAGCCUCCGCACCAAUUUGGCAGUUCCCUGAUAUGGUGCCAUGUGGAGACUUCUACAAAAUAGUCACACAGGACUUUGCCAAGAGUGGGAAUAACUGUGAUGCAAACAUCAGAAAGUCGUGGAAGGCUAUUAACAAUGUCUCUUCCACUGCGUCUGGUCUUCAGUGGCUGUCGGAAGAAUUCAGUUUAUGCGCUCCUCUUAAAAGCAGCAUUGCUGCUGUCGGCUUCAAGAUCUGGCUUCAGGAGACCUGGGUGAACCUGGCCAUGGUGGACUACCCCUACCAAGCAAACUUUCUGCAGCCACUUCCUCGCUGGCCGAUCCAGGUGGUGUGCAAGUUUCUUGUUUUGGAUCCCGGUGUGUCUGACUACCAGCUGCUGCAUGGUGUCUCCCAAGCAGUAAAGGUCUACUACAACUACACCGGAAGCUCUUCCUGUCUCAACACAUCUCAGACAGCGACCGGCAGCCUGGGUUUACUGGGCUGGUUUUACCAGGCCUGCACAGAGAUGGUGAUGCCCAUGUGCACUGACGGCGUCCACGACAUGUUUGAACCCGAGGAGUGGAACCUGCAGGCCUUUUCUGAUGAGUGCAACGCCAUGUUUGGUGUCAGGCCACGAGCUGACUGGGCAGGCACGGUCUACGGGGCGAAGGACAUCGCCUCUCACAGCAACAUCAUCUUCAGUAACGGAGGACUCGACCCGUGGUCGGCUGGCGGAGUGACUUACAACAUAACAGAUUCUCUGGUUUCCAUCCUGAUUCCUGACGGAGCCCAUCACCUGGACCUCCGCUUCAGCAAUGACCAGGACCCCCCUUCAGUCCGCGCAGCCCGGGCGUUAGAGGUGAUGUAUUUUCGAGAGUGGAUCAGGCAGGCUAAAAGACCUCAAACUGCAUCAGCCCCGUAGUCCCUAAAAGCAGCACAAGUUUACCUGACCUGGAUAUCCAGGAUGUCCAGGGUUGCCUAGCUUUAAUUUGCCUGACACGGUGUGUCACAGGGUGCUCUCUGCAU